AUGACGCCAUUCUGUUUUCUUCUUCUUUUGUUCGUUCCUUUGAUUAGCAUCACUCAAUUCCCAGUAACUUGCAACGGAUGCCAGGAACAUGAGCGAAGAGCACUCUUGGACUUCAAAUUCUCUCUGCGCGACCCUUCAAAUCGCUUGGAUUCAUGGCAACAAGGAAGCCAACAUGAAAACUGUUGCGACUGGGUUGGAAUAGAUUGCUCCAAUGACUCCAAUCCUCAUAUCGUUGCAAUUAACCUGCGAGAAAGCUCGCUAACAGGUAAAUUCUCUGCUUCCAUUUCUAACAUUACUUCUCUAGAGUAUCUUGAUCUUGCAUUCAACAAUUUUCAGCAAUCAGAAAUCCCAUUUCAGCUUUCUCGUCUAACUAAACUCACUCAUCUUGAUCUCUCCAACUCCCACAUUUCAGCAACAAUUUCAACACAUUUCACCAACUUAACCUUUCUGCAUCAUCUCGAUUUAUCGGGGAAUUUUAUGGUAAAUUCACCAUCUUUAAAAUGGGUUAGAGGGUUGGUAAAUCUAGAGGUCUUGAAUUUGGGAGGUAUUGAUUUAUAUGAGGCUGCAUCUUUAGAAAAGAACUUUGCUGAAUCCAUUUCAUAUCUUUAUAAUCUUGUUGAACUUGAUCUCACUUCAUGUAAUAUAUUUACCACAGUUUUCCCCACCAAUGAGUUUCGAAAUCUUUCUAGAUUAUCCUCUCUGAAACUGAGCAACAAUCGAGAUCUGAAUUUCCAAAUUCCAGCACAGCUAGUGAACGUAACUUCACUUUCAGUUCUUGACUUGUCAUACUGUGGACUACAAGGUUCAGUACCAUAUCUUCCUCAACUUACAGAGCUUGAUGUGAGUGCUAAUUCUAACCUUCAACCUGAUCUCACUAGGAUGUUUCAACAACAAUGGCCUCAGCUUCAAGAGCUUUCGGUUUCUUUUACUAACGUAAGCGGACCAAUUCCAAGCUCAAUAUCAAAUGCACCAUCACUGGUCACUCUUUCCGCCUCAUUUUGUUCCAUUCAAGGUUCUUUACCUUCUUCAAUCUACAAUCUUUCGAGAUUGCAGUCUCUAUACCUCUAUAGGAACAACUUGACAGGUUAUAUCCAUUCAUCAAUAUCCAAUCUAAAAUUCUUGAACUUUCUCGGCUUGUCUCAUAACAAUCUCCAGGGUUCUAUACCAGUGUCGAUAUGCAACAUUGUUUCUCUUCAAGAACUUAAUUUAGAUGAUAAUAACGUAACAGGAAGUCUACCAAGUUGCCUGACAAAGCUCCAUAACCUCACUGUUCUUGAUGUUUCUCAAAACUCAAUGCAAGGCACUGUUUCAUUGAUCGAUUUCGUUAACGAGAUGAACCUGACAAACCUCGACAUGAGCUCAAAUAAGUUAACUGUAGUUAUAGAUCAAAAUUUCGGUAUGUACUCUAAGUUCAAACUAGAGUAUUUGGCUUUGCCAUCGUGCAAUCUAACCGGAUCAUUCCCUACCUUCAUCUGUGAGUUCGGUAAACUUCAGCAUCUGAAUUUGUCCCAUAAUCACCUUACAGGAGUCAUUCCUUCUUGCAUCUCCAGACUCAAAAAUUUCCUCAGGUUCGACUUGUCCAACAACGAAUUUCGCGGUCCACUGCCUGUUCCGCCUCAAGCUUUUGUCAGAGAGAUUACAGGAGGCAUUCCUUCAAGAGAUAUUCCUUUUGAGAUAUCUUUUGAUGUAUCGAAUAAUAAACUCAGUGGUGAAAUCUCAAGAGAGGGUGGCAAAAGACUUUCUCGUUUUCAAGCCAUUAAUCUAGCCAGUAAUGAACUUUCUGGUCCAAUCCCCAUUUCUAUAUGCUCAAAAGAUUCGGGGUCUCUCCAAAUUAUUGACUUCUCAAACAACAAAUUAUCUGGGAUUAUACCUGCUAGUAUGGGGUACUGCAUGGAUCUUGUAUCUCUAAACUUGCAAAACAACAACCUCACUGGAAAUGUUCCGAAUGAGCUUGGAAAUGCAACAUCAUUGUCAUAUCUUCAACUAAAUGACAACAACCUCAAGGGCGCUCCUCUUAACUUCAUCAGUAAAUUUCAAAACUUGGAAGUUCUCAACUUAGCAAACAACAAUUUCGUAGGUGAUAUACCCGCUGCGUUCGGUUCACUCGAUUUUCUUAGGAUUAUGUCUUUAAGGUGGAACAAAUACAACGGGUCGAUCCCCGAAGAGAUUAUGCGUUUAAAUCGACUCCAAAUAUUAGAUUUAUCGCAUAACCAUCUCUCAGGCCACAUUCCUAAAUCAUUUGGAAAAUACUGGAGGGGUUUAACAAAAGUCGAAUUCUACUACCCCGAUAAUAUUCAAUUGCAGAUGGUGGUUAAAGGGAUCAUGAUGCAGUUUGAAAAGUUAUACAACUAUAGCUCAGGAAUGGAUCUAUCUGGCAAUAUGUUUGGUGGAAGCAUUCCGACAGAGAUAGGUUCGUUGAAAGGACUUGCAACACUUAAUCUAUCCCAUAAUGGUUUGUCAGAUGAUAUCCCUUGGAGUGUAGGAAAUAUGUCUAGUUUAGGGUCUUUGGAUUUAAGUUUUAAUAGACUGUCUGGACAUAUCCCUCAAUCCUUAACAUCGCUCGACUUUCUUGGGGUUUUGAAUGUAUCUUAUAAUGAGUUGAGUGGCAGGAUUCCAAGAGGAGACCACUUUGACACAUUGAGUAUUGAUGGUUGGGCAUUUAUCGGGAAUAAUUUGUUAUGUGGAGAACCAACCAAGAAAAUUUGCCAUGGUGAUCAGGUUGCGAGUACUAAUGAUACUAACCGUACAAAUAAAUCUCAAGAAGAUGAUCAAGAAAAUACAAAGGAGAGAAUACUUUUCUAUGUUGUUAUUGCUCUUGGGUUUGUAGUAGGAUUUUGGGGUUUAUUCUUGGUUUUGCUUCUAAGAAAAGAGAAAUGGUGGUUAUCGUAUUGGAGAUUUGUCGAUUGUGUUGCAGAUAGAGUAAUGAGUUGUAUUCAGAGAUAG